AUGCUUGAGACAGGUGGAGAUCGGUGGGAAGAGGCCAAUGCUCGCACUUACAACAUCGAAGGCACCUCCUACGCUCUUCUGGCCCUGCUGAAGCUGCAGAAGUUUGACGAGGCUGGCCCCGUCGUAAAAUGGCUGACCCAGCAGAAGUAUUACGGGGGGACCUACGGGCACACUCAGUUAGCUUACUACACUUUUCCAGAUGGUGAAAAGUUCCAGGGGCUAGCACUUACCUGGGUUGGUUCCUUCAGAAAGAGAGAAUACUAUAAACUUACGGUAUCUUUGUACAAUUUGCUUUACUUAACAAAUGAACAAAGCACAGGAACUGAAAAAAGUACCUGUCCUGGGCUUGGCCUGUACUAUGCGCUGUUGUCUGCUUUCCUCUUCUCAGUGGUCUCUUUAUUUCUGAAGAUGAUUGAAGAUGUGCAUGCGGUAGAAGCCAGUGCUUUUAGAUGUAGUUUCCAAAUAACGUUUGUUCUUCCUGGUUUAAUAUACCACAAGACAGGAUUUCUGGGACCAAAAGACAAACGGGUUUUUCUUUUCUUCCGAGGAUUUUUUGGCUCUUGUGCAAUGAUUUUCCUCUAUUAUGCUUUGCAAGUGAUGCCCCUUGCUGAUGCUACGGUUAUUUCUUUCAGCAGUCCAGCGUUUACAACCCUGUUUGCUUGGAUAUUUCUAAAAGAGAAAUACAGUCCUUGGGAUCUUUUUUUUGUGCUACUCACCAUCACUGGAGUGGUGCUUAUUGCAAGGCCGCCUUUCUUGUUUGGAUCCAAAGUUGCAGUGAUUGAAGGAAACUACACGGAUCAUCUUAAAGGGACCAUAGUUGCUCUUAUAAGUGCAAUAUGUGCUUCUUCAGCUUUUGUUAUAAUAAGAAAGGUGGGGAAAUCAGUGCACUACCUUUUAACCAUUUGGUAUUAUGCAAUAGUUGGAUUAAUAAUAUGCAUAAUAACCCUUUUUGUGCUAGAUUCCUGGAGUUUACCUUAUUGUGGCAGAGAUAGGUUUCUCUUAAUAUUGAUUGGAUUGUUUGGGUUCUGUGGUCAGAUAUGUCUCACAAAAGCUUUACAGAUAGAGAAAGCAGGACCCGUUGCUGUAAUGAAAACGAUGGCUGUUGUGUUUGCUUUUAUUUUUCAGAUUAUAUUCCUCAAUACUUUCCCCACUUGGUGGUCGUUUGGGGGGGCUCUUUGUGUAGUAGCUAGCAGCACUGGAACUGUUCUUUGGAAAUGGAAACAAAGCAAAAAAACACAGAGGGAAUGA